GUUGCCUCGUUCAAUAAAGUUGUUACUGACAUACUGACUGACUGACAUAUUUAAAUAUUUCAGUUGAUAAGUACAUUUGAAGAUAGACUGUCUCAUGAAGAAACUAUAAAGCUGCCAAUACUUAAAGGUACGCAGAACCAUAGAAUCGAGAACCAGGAAGUACUUAGCCAGUAUGUAUCAUCACUAUCCAACUUACCCGAGCACAUACGACAGAGUAACUUCUUUACGUUGUUCUUCGAGAAUGCGAUGCAAAGGCCAGUAGAGAUGACCGAUGCAUGUACUAGUCCCCGCCCACCUGUAUUAGCCAAUGUACCUGUUGUACAGCGAUUACCAAACUCAGGAGAUGAAGAUGCUGUGAUAGACCAGACAUAUGUUGGUCAGCCACUUCUCAAAUGUAUACACCCCAUAUUUCUCACAGUCACCUAUAAAUGGGGACAUGUGUAAUUUAUCUCCCAAUAGUCCAUCUCAUCAUGAAAUAGCUUACCAGGCUGCUGCUGCUCUCAGUCCAUGCUCGGCCAAAACAAAUUCUCCACUUAUUAACUCCCCUUGCCACUCUCCUGUUUCCUCCAUGGAAUCUCCAGCAAACAGUGUGCCUGGUUCCCCUUCUGUACAUGAUAGAGAUGAAACUAGUCGGCAAGCAAAUAGCAAUGAGGGUACCAGACUUCUUAAAUCUGAAGGGGGGACCAGUCUUCAUAAUUCAGACAGACAAGACGGUUCCAGGCUGGAAAGCACAGAGGCUAUGGGCCAAGGCUCAAAUUCAGAGGAAUGCAGUGUUACAAAUUUACUGAAGUUUAAUAACCUAGCAAACCAUGCUGAGAAGUUCCUUGGCUACACAUUGGAACAGGUCCAGUCAAUGAGGAUUGAAGAUAUAGCAAGGAUGGAUGUGCCAAAACAUGAUAUUAGUGCAAUAAGAGCAGUAGUGCUGGAGAAACUCAGAGAGAAACAGCCACCCUAUUUGAAUGGACUGAUUGAGCCAGCACCACAAACAGGGGUGAUAUGGCAAACACCGGCUUUCAUACCCCACCCAGCAGUACCUGGCCUAGCACCCAUGCCUCCAUUACAGUAUCAUCCUCCCGGUGCUUACCCACCAGUAUUCAACUACCCAACAUUCCAGGAUGGUACCGCAAUGGUACCCGUCACACAGGACAUGUCCCCAACCAAUUCAGAGUAUUCAAGCCCAUCACCUAGCCCCCAUCUGCCACAGGUACCAAUGUUAUAUAAGUCCCAGCAACAGAAUCAACAUACAGACAGUUCAUCUGAAGAUGGAGAAAGGGAGAAGAAACCUGGUCAGUACAGGGGAAGUGUGAGAGGUAAAGGGCACUCGGCCCCAAAUUCUGCUAGAUUAGCCCGUCCUGAGAGAACUGUAGAUCUAAAACAAGACAUUUAUUCAAAUAGAGGUACCCCUCCUCUGCCGUCCGACAAGUGUGAUGUUAAUGUCAAUAAUGCCGGAAGUAACGGAAGCAGCGGCUACACGUCUGAUCCUACAUCUACGCGACCUCUGAUGCGUGCACAUAAAGCUCAACCAGCACAUACCAAUAAUAUGCAGCCGCAUUCCAAUGUUGUUAUUAAUAUGCCUGAUAAUAACUUUAAAGGCAGUGCUCAACCAUUUGUGCAGAUGAUGGCAGCCCCGCCCUACUUUAAGGAGAUUAACAUGAAUUCAUCUCCCACAGAUAUAGGUCACAGACCAAUGAUAUAUUUUCCCCAGGGACAGUCUCUGAUUGCAAGAUCUCAUUUUAACCCAGUGAGUGUGACUGGUUCUCGGCAUAUCUUUCAUCCUACAGCUGUAAACCAGCCUAUAGUUCCUGCCCAACCUCAGACAGUCAUGAAUGGGAAUGCCCAGGUAGUGGCAGGAAGUAAAGGGAAGGGAUUCCACGGAUCUCCAGUGGGUGUAGCACCAGGUAAAUCACCGAACAUUAUAAUGAAUGAUGUUGAUAACCUGCCUCAGACUUCAGAUACCAGUGCACAUAGAUGUCAGGCUUCUUCAGCAGUCGUGAGUUCAAGUGCUAGUAAUUCUACAGUCACACAUACUAGUAGUGGUCAGUCGGGAACCACAGGAAAUAAACCGGCAACUUGUUCUAACUGUGGUUGUCCCGGACACCGUGAGGGAGCUGUUCCUAGUGUAUUCUUGCCUCAAAUGCACGCAAACAUGUGGCCAACACCAUACCCAAAUGGCUUUGUACCAAUGCAUAUGCAAAUGCCUCAUCAUCUGUAUCAUCAUCAUAUGCCAUAUCCAAAUGGACUCACCCAAGAUAUGUUGUACAAUAAUGUAUAUGGAAUGUCUCAUUCAAACAAUCCGGUGGUGCCAGGUAGUUCUAAUGUGAUAUAUAAUCAUUAUAACAAUCACCAGACGUCUGCUGCUGGAUAUAAUCAAAAGAAGCCAAAGAAAAUAAACUGUCACAAUUGUGGGUCAGUCAAACAUACAGCAGGUGAUUGUGUGGAGGUUUCCAUGGAAGCCAUGUCAGGACCACCAAUAUAUUCUUUUAAACCAAAGAAUGAUUCAGACUGACAGGAAGCCAACAUACAGAGAUAACAGGAAUAGUAAAAAAAGUUCUUGCAUAUUUACAGAAGAAGACCCUUCACAUUAUUGUAUUUUUAUUUUAUUAUGAAUGUUAUCACAAGUUCCUAAAUGAAUUUUGAUUAGAAAUCAUCAUAAAUUUUAACAUCUUUCACAUUUGUUAUGUACUAGUAAUGUUAUUUGUGCUAAUAACAUUGGCAUAAGCAAAAUAGAAAACAGGUAUUUUUUAUAUCUCUUAAUUUUAUAAUAUUUAAAGACAGUUGAAUUGAUGCUUUUAGUUGUCUUAUUUCUUUCUAAAAAGACAAUGCUUCACAGAGAACUCUGCAACUUGUAUAUGAACUUUGUUGGGUUUUUUUUUUUUUGUAAAAUAUAUUUUGUGUUAGUAUUAAUUUGUGUUCAGUUUUACUCUUGAAGCUACUUUUUGUUGUAAGUAUUUGAUUGGAAUAAAAACUAUGAAAGGGUAAUUUUUGUAAGGCAACUAAUAAGUAUAAUACACAUUUUGUUACCAGUUAUAACACAUACGAUUUUUUUUUCAGUUUUACGAUAAAUAUAUAUGUGUCAUCAUGGAACUCUAUCAUAUUAUGUAUGAACAUUUAAUUAAGGCUGUAAGUUUAAACUGUUUUUAAGAUUCAUUUUAAAUGUCUCUUCCCGUGCUACCUCUGUAUUUUUAUGAUUUAUUGAAAUCAGUUUUAUCAAAAUUUCUUCUUUUUUUUAUUAUUAUUACAAGGUGAGAUAGAGUUGUGAAGGAGAGAGGACUAAUUGCUUUUUUUGCAACAAUAAACAAACAAAAUUUCUUUUUUUUUAAAUUUUUUGUUCAAAAGCAGGAUGAAUUUUAAGCAGAUGUAUAUUGAAAAUUUUGUUAAAUAAGAACGGUAUACAGCAUAUAUUUAUAUAUAUUUGGAAUUGAUAUGUUAGGAAUGAUGAAGCUUUUUUUUUCUGUGUGCGCAAAUUUCAGCUUUGUGAGCAUUCUUAUAUACUGUGCUUUUUUAUUUACGAUAUUUGAUCAUGUAGGGCAACUGGACUGCAAUAUUUUUGUUUACAUAUUAUAUGAGCCGCGUCAUGACAAAACCAACAUAAUGGGUUUGCGACCAGCAUGGAUGCAGACCAGCCUGCGCAUCCGCGCAGUCUGAUCAGGAUCCAUGCUGUUUGCUAUCAGUUUCUCUACUUGUAAUAGAGUUGGUAAGCGAACAGCAUGGAUCCUGAUCAGACUGCGCGGAUGGGCAGGCUGGUCUGGAUCCAUGCUGGUCGCAAACACACUGUUGGUUUUGUUGUGACGCGGCUCAAUUAUAUAUUACUUACUAUGUUCUAUGACUAUGUUGUGUCAUAAAGUUAUUUUGCAUAAUAACCUGGUUAUUGUUAUACUGUAAUUGUUAAACUGUGAAACAGGAGUGCUAUUGUAGAUCUCAUAAUGUGACACACAAAAAAAAAAAAAAUGUGAAAAUUAUAAUUGAGUUGAGUGUGAAUUAAAAAAAGAAAAAAUGUGAAAAAGUGUGAAGUUUGUGAAAAAUAUGAGAAUUUGUUGUAAUCAGUUUUCAGAAUGUAAAUGAGAAAUUUUGUGUGCUUGCUUUUUUUCUGUCGUUUUCUUUUUGUAAAUGCUAAAUCAAAUGAUGGUAGUUGAUAUGGUUGUAUUGAGGAAAAAGGCGAGUGUGAAAUGCUGUUGUAUAGAAACUCAAGGAUAUAUUGUAUUAAUGCAAAAGUUGAAAAUUUGACGAGAUUGUUAUUUGAAUUGAUAUAAGCUCACAUCUUUGUUUCAGAAACUAAUAUUUCAUUUCUUGUGUCUCUCUGAGGUAUAAUUUUUACACAAACAAACUACCAUAAACUUGUCAGCAAGAACACUUUAAUAAGGUUACUUAACUGAUGUAAGUUCUUUGUACUUUUACAUGAUUAACAUUUGUGUGGGUCUGUAAAAAUAGCGGUAACUAAAAUAUUCAUUAUGAAGCUGGGAAGAGGGCACAUGCUGGAAAUUUUUAUUUGGAACUUUUCUUUUUUAAGUGAUAUAAAGCCAUACUGAAUGAAAUAUUUUGUAUAGAAUUGAAAAAAGAAAACUUUUUUUUUAUUACUUUUUGGUUUUAUCUAGAAAGAUUUAUCUGUUAUUUAACACACGUGAAAACUGUGGGUAAACAGAAUUAAAGUGCUGUUAUUUUAAGUAGGUUUUAUAGUAGGUUUUGAAGCGUUUAGCAUUGAGUUUGUGCAUACACCAUUUGUUCAAAAGGAAAUAUACCAACAUUUUCAGGCUAUUAUUAAUUAUUCAGUAUCAAAAAUCCAACACAAAAUUUUUGUAAACUGCUGCUGCAGCAGGGAUAUAUAGCUUUAUACAUUAUAAGUCUAAUCACAUUGUUGUAGCUUGUUAUCUACCUCUGCUUACAUACAAUGAAAAUGAAUUUUUUUCUACAGUUUCUUUUGUAUUUGAUUGAUUGUUUUUAUAAAUAGGUCAUGUAUUUAAUAUGUGAAUCAAAAUUUUUCUUUGUCUAUCAGAAUUGAUGAUCAUUUUUAUAGCUUGUAUAUCAAAAAACAAAACAAAACUUUCAUCUCUGGUAAACUAUAGGAGCCAUCAAAUGAUUACAGUAGAAAAAGUGUUGACAUGUAAUGAUCACAUAAAUUAAAAUUCUUCUUAAAGUGACAUUAUACUCAUUUUGUUGUUGUCAAGUUGAAUUAGAUAUUUAUUUUCAAAAGAUUUACUAUUUUGAUGGUGAUCGACCAGUGAUUGAUAAUAAGUAAUGUUUAGAAUGAAAUAUAAAAACUACCUAAAAUAUGAAAAGACUGCCUCACUAUAAUGUUACCAGUACAUUUUUGAAUGAUAUUUAUAUAAAUUUCUGUGUGCCAUGUGGGUUACUGAAUAUUGGUAAAAAGUAUAAGAAAUUUGAAACAGUCAUGGCAAAAUGUAAACUUAUUUUGACUUUUACCUUUAACCUCUCAACAUUUACACUUGGAUGGGUAUAGUGUCACUUUAAUGUAAGGCUUAUUCUACAUGUUGAAUACAGUCCUGUGUUAUAUCUAAGGUAAUUUUUCAGGAGGCAAGUUACAUCAUCAUUGCACACAUAGUCCCACAACUUUAUGACCGUGACAUGUUCUUCUUUUUACAGUUAAUGAUUUUAACAUUUGUUUGCUGCAUACCAUAAUACAAUAAAACAAUUGCUUAAUUUUAAACCUACUGGCUUACCAUUAUGUUUCAGGGUAAUUUUAUUUAUUGUACAUGUAAGUGUACAAAAUGUCCCAUACCUUCAGGGUGAUUAUGCUCUUAUCUGUUCAUUAAUGAUUUUCUUUACUAAUAACCUAUUAAAGAAAAUAAGGAAAUUCAAGUUUUUUGACAUUAACUUGGCAUAUAUUAAUUCAGAAGUAACAAUUUGUAUUUUUUGUAACCUAUGUUACUUAAAUGUGAACGUCUGAAAGUUUCUGAGACAGGAAAAAGAGCACAUGUUGGAUAAGGUAACACAAUGAAUUUACUUUUCAUAAAUUUUUGAAAACAGUUGCAUCAGAAAAAAACGGCCUUAAAAGCAAUCGUCAUUAACAUUUGUGGGAGUGAAAUUUGCACAUAUCCUCAUUCAAUAUUAAUUUCUGUUUUCAAUUUCAUAUUCACCAUACCAACAAGGGUAAUUAAUUCUCUAAGGGGCACCUGAUGUCAACCUCCACCAGUAUAGCUGUAAAGUCACCACAUGUCCUUCAUUGUGUAUGUGUUAUUUUUUUUAAAUUUUUUUUUAAAUCAAACAAACAGUUUAAUUAAUUCAGAAAGAGUGAUGGUUUAGUGGUGUCAGCAUUUUCUUUAGGAUCACAACCAUGUUUCCUCAAACCACAGCAGUAUGGACAGACUUUAGGGCUAUCAAUAUAAGUUGCAAGAACUUGUUUCACAAUCUUACCGCCAUGAACAUGUUGUUAAUAAUUUUAAUAAUAAAUGACUAAAUGGUAAUGAAAGGUAAUGAAACGUUCAGAUAUUCAAAUUUGGUCAACAUGCUUAUUACUCAUCAUUUUAUUUUACAAUAUUAUCAAACUUUUAUCCCCAAUCAUGCUGUUGCAUUCUAUUGUAUUUGUUCAUUCUCUUUUUUUUUGUGUGCAAAUUGACACAAGUUUAUUAUUAGGUAAAUGUUCAGUUCUAUUUUUCUCAUAAUGUGAUACAUAUAUAUACAGGGGUUGUACUUUAUAUGCAGUUAGAUCUGGUUGUCACAUGAUGAUGAAUUUGUCAUGAUUUAUCGUUCUUUGAAUUUAUAUUGCAUGAAAUUGAUAAGAUGGUUUGAUGUAACAGUAUUUUAACCUUGACCUUUUAUUUGUAUUAAUUUUGACGAUAUUGCUUUGAAAUACCAGCGUAAAAUAGAUUUACGCUAGUCAUCAUAAGGUAUGGAUUUUCCAAAUUUUACAUAAAACAUGAAUUAAAGAAUCCUGUACAAUUUUCUGCCCACUCAUUUUGACAGUUUACCAUUACUCUUAACAGUUCUCCUUUGGACAUUUUCACCAUCAUGAAAUUUUUUUUUUUAAAUUUAGAUAAAAAUAAAAAACAAUCCAUCAUUGAAAUGUUUCAUAUUACCUUCCUGAAGUGAUUUGAUAUAGGAUCAUUUAUCUAUGGACAUCAUACAUGCCAUGUGUUUAUUACCAACCCUACAUCACAACAGGAACACAUUGAAAUAUGUCUUUAAAACUCAACAUCUAACAGACUAGUGUACUUCUUAUUGAGUCUAUUUCUUCAUAUAGAUUGCAUUUCAUGACUUUGGUCUUUCCUCUACAGACUCUAUCUGAUAUAAAAAUGAUGUGAGGUUUUUUUUAUGUCACCGUCCCCACCCUAGGUAGGGGCAUUUAGAUUUGCCCUUGUCUGUCCAUGCCUUCCAAAAUGUUGUCAUGAGAUGAGCUAGAGUAAACAGACUAUACAGGAAUGUUGAUCAGCAUGUGUAUUUGUGCACAUUGGGGUUUCUCAUGUGGAUUUAUUCCAAUAUUUUUCUUGAUUUAGUGAAAAAUUUGCAAUUUUCAACUUGUAUCAUGCGUAACUAAAAAAGUAUUAGAUCUAGAGUCAUGAAACUUUACAGAAAUGUUGGUCAGCAUGGGUAGUUGUGCAUCUUGUGUUUUGCUUGUUUUAUUUUCUUUAAAACCUUGACAAAAUGUGAUCCCUCAGAAGCAUUAAAGUAUACUUUAGGAUAUAAAAUUUAGAUUUCAGCUCAAUAAUUGGAAAAAAUCAAGAUGUCAAAAUUGGAAAAAAAUGGAUGUCAUUUUUAUGCCCCAACCAUUUAGAGGUAGGGGGAGUCAUGUAGAUUUCCUUUGUCUGUCUGUCAUACUGUUCUGCUGUAUGUCCGUAGACUGACAAAACAGGGGAAUGUGGGGGCAUCUGUGUCCUAUGGACAUAUUUUUAGGGUUUUUUGAAGAACAAUAUUACCAGUGUAUUUUGUAAUUAAAGUAAACUUGUUCUUUUUAAAACAUGUAUGUUAAAAAAAUGUUUUUAUUAUUGUUAUUUUUGUAUGCAUUUGAAAAUAUAUAAAUAUUUUGUUUUGUAUAAUAUGUACAGAAUGUUGCAGAGUGCUACUUAGAUUUUUUUCGGUGAAAACGAACAUUUUUUAUAUUAAAAUAAUAUGGCAAAAACUCUUGUUUAACCAAACAAAAAAGAUAUAUUGAUUUUUGGCAAAAAAGAUUUUUAGACUUUUCAAUGCAAAAAACAAUAAAAAACAAAACACUUAAAAAAGCAUUUUCUCAUAUUCAAAUACCAGCAUUUAAUAAUCUCUGCAAAAUCCUGACUUUUAAAAAAAAAAAAAGUUUUCACCCUUUUUAUUGUUGAUGAUAAUCAUAUAUUUAUGAAAUAGUUUCAAAACUGUGUUAAAAGACCAUGUAACAUAUCACAACACAACAGGAUAAUGCUCACACUUAUAGGAUUCCUUUGUCCUGUUUUAUAGACCACAUUCUUACAUAUUUUAAGCUCAGGAUUAUAAGACAAGUAGAUACAUAAAACAGACCUCUCCCAAAUUUAUGUCAUCUUUGUUUUUAACUCUACUUUUCAAAGAAUAUAUAGAGCUGUUGUACUCACCCAGCCAUCGGCAUCACACUUGGUUAAGUUUUUGUGUGCAAGUUGGUAUCUCCAAAACUACUGAAGGCAAUAAGUUGAAACUUCACACUUAAUUGAGAGCAAUAUAGGUCACUGCCCAAGGCCCGUAACGCUUACUGGAUUCUAAACAACAUUAUUGCCCUUUUCCAACUUGUAAAUAUCUACAUCCUAGCUCUCGUUUUACUAUCAAGGCCUUAGAAAAGUCGAGCAACAGCUUGUUGUUUAUGAAAAUAUUGUGUUUUAUUUUUAUAGUCGAGUGAAGUAAACAUGGAAAUUAACGUAAAAUCUGAGUGAAAUAUAGUCUUUACUAUGGUAAGAUGUAUUAUGAAUAUUUAUAUAUUUCUAAAAGUAAAUACAAUGUUCUAAAUUUUGAAUUAUUUUAAAACUUUGUUCGCUUAUCUGAAGGUUGGUAGCUUGAAGUAAGUGUAUCAUUAAUAGAUAUAACUGAAAGUCGAACAAGUCUUGGCAGUCAAAUUCAACUGAAUAUUCAGAUGUUAAAAUCAAGCACAGAACUGUAUUAUUCUUGGUCUGACUGUAGAUAAUACAUGCUCUAUAUAGCAUAGGCUUAAUGUCGUUACCUCUGCCUUUCCUCUUUUAUAAGGAACAUAAUUACUUAUAUGAUGUGGUCUUUUAACACAGGGUUGUCUAAAUGUUGCAAUUUGUGUCAAAAAUUGGUGGUCUUGAUAUAUUUGUAAUGUUUUACUACCAAUAUUGUUUUAAUGAAUUGUGAAAUAAGUGCAAGCUUGUUAGUUAUGGUAAGAAAAAAAAUGGAAUAAAUUGGCAGUAUUUAUGUAUAAAAUACAUGUUCAUGUGGAAAAAAAAUCAAUAAAACUUUUUUAAAAUGUGAAAAAAAUAUUAAAAAUAAAUUGAAAAAAAAAA